UGCUGGUGUUUGCUGAAGCCGCGCAUGCGCAUCGGGUGGGAAGUGCAAUUGAAAACGAGCAGCUAUGCCGCGUGAGGCAGAAAAUCUUUGGACGAGGCUCGCGACAACAGCCCACACACCGGAGGACUGACCCGGGGACGGCGGCACCGGGAGGCGGCUGGCAGUCGCCAUUGUCCCCACAUCCUCCCAGGUUGAGGUAACACACAGUGUGGUGGGCUGUUGAGCGAACUCGCCUCAUCUCCUCUCCCACCGUCCUUCACCCCGAUACAUCCACGAUGUUACCGCUGGCCGUCUGAGGCUCGAUGAGUCCCCCCUCCCGGUUGUUUGUGCCGACCGCGAGUCCAACUUGAAACCGAGACGAGAAGCGACCAGCAGCGGCGCUCACUAUGGUUUUAUUGGCGGCUCGCAGCAGGAGAUGUCUCGGUAGCUGCCGGAUGGGGACGAUAUGCCUUCAGCUCUUCUUGUUGUGGAUUUUAUGCGCAGUCAACGGAGAGGAGCAGCCGUUCAGCGUGGAGACAUGGCUACAAAGGUAUGGCUACCUCCCUCCUGCAGACCCCAGAAUGUCAGUACUACGUUCUGCCCAAGUCAUGCAGUCUGCAAUCGCUGCCAUGCAGCGCCGGUACGGCCUCAAUGUUACAGGAACUCUGGACAGCAGCACCAUAGAAUGGAUGAAGAAGCCCAGAUGUGGCGUUCCUGACCAGAUAGCAGGUGUAUCCAAAUUCAGCGUCAGGAAACGGCGGUACGCCCUAACGGGACAAAAGUGGCAACACAAACAUAUCACAUACAGCAUAAAGAACGUGACACCUAAAGUAGGUGCUGAGGAGACCCACGAUGCCAUCCGGCGAGCCUUUGACGUUUGGCAAAACGUGACCCCGCUGCGCUUCGAAGCUGUGGCAUACAGCGAAUUGGAACGAACCAAGAAAGACGUAGACAUUACGAUUAUCUUUGCCUCAGGUUUCCAUGGUGACAGCUCACCAUUUGACGGCGAGGGUGGCUUCCUGGCCCACGCCUAUUUCCCAGGGCCGGGAAUCGGAGGAGACACACACUUUGACUCGGAUGAGCCGUGGACACUGGGCAACCCCAACCAUGACGGGAAUGAUUUGUUCUUGGUAGCAGUCCAUGAGCUUGGCCAUGCACUCGGGCUGGAACACUCCAACGACCCCACAGCUAUCAUGGCUCCUUUCUACCAGUACAUGGACACUGAGAACUUCAAACUGCCUAUGGAUGACCUGCUGGGUAUCCAGAAGAUUUAUGGGCCUCCUGACAAGCUCCCGCAGCCCACGAAGCCUUUGCCAACAGUGCCCCCUGCUCGCUCUUACCCCCCAUCAGAUCCACGCAAGCCAGACCGGCAGACCAGACCUCCGAGGCUGCCCCCCGGUGAUAGACCAUCCCACCCCAAUUCAAAACCCAACAUCUGUGAUGGAAGUUUCAACACCUUGGCAAUACUCAGGAGAGAGAUGUUUGUCUUUAAGGACCACUGGUUUUGGCGCGUAAGAGAUAAUGCUGUAAUGCCUGGAUACCCCAUGCUCAUCAGUGUUUUCUGGAGGGGUCUGCCACCUAAAAUUGAUGCGGUCUAUGAGAACAGUGAGGGCAAAUUUGUUUUCUUCAAAGGGAAGCAAUACUGGUUGUUUAAGGACACAGUGUUGCAGGCCGGAUACCCAAAGGACAUCACCCAGUAUGGCCACGGUAUGCCGGCUCAGAGCAUCGAAACGGCCGUGUGGUGGGAAGAUGUUGCUAAGACGUACUUCUUUAAAGGGGACAGGUACUGGCGCUAUAAUGAGGAAAUGAGAACCAUGGACCCCGGUUAUCCCAAACCCAUCACCGUGUGGAGAGGUGUGCCUGAAUCACCGCAGGGGGCCUUUGUCGAUAAAGCCAAUGGUUUCACCUACUUCUACAAGGGGAAGGAGUACUGGAAGUUCAACAACCAGUUCCUCAGAGUUGAGCCGGGUUACCCGCGUUCCAUCCUUAAGGACUUCAUGGGCUGCGACUUAAUGCCGGUGGACCCGGGGCGCCCGCCCAACGGCGACGGCAACACGGACGUGGUCAUCGAGCUGGACAACGAGGCGAACACAGUGAAGGCGGUCGCCAUCGUCAUCCCGUGCGUGUUGGCGCUGUGCCUGCUGGUGCUGGUCUAUACUGUGGUGCAGUUCAAAAGGAAGGGUACGCCACGCCACAUACUUUACUGCAAACGCUCCAUGCAGGAAUGGGUCUGAAGCAUGAAGAGAAGUGAACAGAAUUGGACGCAGGCAUGCUAUCCUCGAAAGGAUGACAUGGACAUUUGAAGCCACGCCCUCUUUUGUCGGCCAAUCAGACCCACAGAUGGCCUGACAAGUGGCCACUCACGCGCAAGGCAUGACCUCCGGACAAGAUGACUGUUGAAUCAGCUUUUUUCACUUACAAGGGGGAGCAGUGGGACUGCUUUCCCUAAAAUGACCUUCAGACCGUUCAAAAAUCAAAACAACUUGAGGUCCAUUUUUGUUUUGUAUCUCUUUUUGCCGGACUGCUCUUAACCAGAAUCAGGGGGAAGGACUUUCAGCGGGACACACAGGCAAGUCAUUGUCAUCUGUCAUAUCAGGUGUUGGGCCAAAAAAAAAAAAAAAAAAGCUGAUUUCUAUAACCCCCCACCCCAAAAGAAAUUCUUUUAUUUUAACUUGUCUAAUUUCAUUUGGAUUCCUUGAGGAGGUCGUCACUGUUCCCUUUAAAACGUUCCUGAGGAAGAGACCAAUCAAAACCAAAUAAAAUCUCUCCAAAGAGGAUCUCUUAUCGUUUUCCUUGAUGUUUUCAGAUGUCAUUUUGUUUUUCAUUUGGUCCCUCCUGCAUCCAUGCAGUGAUUAAAAGUCGGAGCUCUGACUGUUGUGGCAGACUGUUUGAGACACAGGGGCCAAAACAUUCUGCAAUAUUUUAACUCGCCUUAAUUAUACUUAAUAUUUCUUGCUUUGUUUUGCUGUACUGUUGUGGGUCUUCUUUUUUUUUUGUUCUAUACUGCACCUCAUUUGUUUUAUUUGUAUGAGAAGUGGCUUUAAAAGCUUCCUGUGAUUUGGUAUUUCUGGAUUUUAUUACAUGACCCUGAAUGCUCAGCACUGGCUUGCUGAGCUCUUCUGCUUGUAUUCAGAGUAAUGUUAUUAUAUGUAGGCGGUUCCUGGAGUAAAGCCACUAUUUUGUGUUUUAUAUUUGUUGGUGUUAAAAGUUUUAUCAUUUUCCUGUGGCAGAUUUCUGGCGACUUGAACAUCUUGGGAUUUAUUUGUUUUAUUGUCUUUUGCUCUUAAAGUCCCCACUUAAAGUGUAGAUCAAAAGUCAUUGUUUUUUUUUUUGUUUGUUUUGUGAAUUGAUUUCUUUUGAGGAAAUCCUGUCUACUGCCUUUUUUUGCGAGAUUUCACACAUCCCUGAAUGCUGUCUUCAUUCUAUCCAAGGACCCGAAAAAGUCAAGAUCAGUGCCUGUGUCAGCAUGCAUGCAAGCUUUUACAACCACACAUCUGCUCAACGUGGCUUUCUUAUCUAGGAGGCCUUUUUUAACUUUUUUUUUUUUUUUUUUUUUUUUUAAAGAAUAUAUUGCCCACCCAGGUAAAUCAAAAACAAACAUCCAAUAGGAUCACACAGGUACAUUUGGAGGAUAUCGGGCAAUCCAGUUGGUCUCGUCAAUCGAUCAGCUUUUUUAAUGUGCUUCUGAAUGUCUGUUUUCUUGUUCGCAUAGUCUUCUUUUCUUUUCUGGUUAAAGCAAAUGGAACAUCUCAAAUUUCUUUUUCAUGUAAGUCUUUGGGACAAAGGAGAAAAAUGUCCUGAGAGAAUGAAUAAAUUAAUCAAUCCAUGA